AUGGCAUGGGACGAACAGGAGGUGCCCAGGCUUAAAGCAGCACGGAGAAACGCCAAGGCCGGUAUGAUUUCACAUGGGCCGGCCACAACUGCAACAACCGUCUAUCUGCAAGCCAUAUUUUGCUUCGGGAAAUCGGACACCUCACCGCGAGCUUCAAGAGAUACCAGAGCCAUCUAUUCCAAGAAGAUCUUCCCGCCAUCAUCGCCAUGGAAUAGUCCAGGAAGCACGUGCUUCCCCCUCAGUUUCAUCCCCCAUGCGGUGACUACAUCAUUCGACCAGUGUUCCGGACUUGAUCAGGUGGGUGAGGAACACUGGCAUUACCUGAUGGAUGACCAGAUCAUCUCAGCGAUUCAAAUCGCUUACAGUCCUACCUCGGAUCCUACCCUCAAGCGACAGGCAUUCGACUAUGUCAACCAGCUUCGGCAGGAACCUUCAGCAUGGCAGCCGUGUCUGUCAAUAUCCCUCCAGGUCCCCCGCCAGCCUAUGGUGAUUCGGAUCUUUUGCCUCGAGAUCGUCAACAAUGCUCUACAAGCCGGUCUGGUAGAUCAGGCAGGACUAAAAAUCAUAAAGGACCAGCUUAUGGCCUAUUUGCAUAAAUUCUACGGAUCAUCCACAGAAGAAGAAACCCCAGACCCGGGCACAAUCCUCAACAAGUUCGCCCAGACAGUCACACUCCUCUUUGCGGCAUUUUACGGUUCUGGAUGGGAGACAUGUUUCGAUGACUUACUAGCAUUGACCUCGAACGAAACUGGCACGAGAUAUAAUUACCCUGGCGUUGUCUUUUACCUGACUGUUCUCAAUUCAAUCCAUGACGAAAUCGGAGACGUCCUCUUAUCAAGAUCUCCGGACGAGCAGGAGCGAGCUAGCACCUUAAAGGACCUCGUUCGGGAGCGCGAUGUCCAGAAGAUUGCAGGCUCAUGGCAAGAGAUAUUGUCGCAGUGGAGGAGUUCGAAUGAUGUUGUGGCCGAACUCUGCCUCAAGGCUGUCGGAAAAUGGGUGAGCUGGGUCGAUAUCUCGUUGGUGGUGAACCAGCAGAUGCUUGAAUUGUUGUUCCAUCAACUGGAGCGUGCUCAGACCGUCAAUCCACGCCCCGGUGAGGAGCUAGCUCGUGAUGCUGCCGUUGACGUGUUCACUGAAACGGUUGCGAAAGGCAUGCCGGCAGCGGACAAGAUCAACAUGAUCACCUUCCUGGACCUCGAAUCUGUGGUUUCCAAGUUGGUAACUUGUCCACCUUUGCGCGACAGCAGAGCUUCAAACUACGAUGUUGAUCUUGCCGAAACUGUUGCAAAACUUGUCAAUACUACUGUGGCAGAUCUGGUCAAGAUUUUGGACACCGAAAACCAAGGAACCCAAACGUGGAUCAAAGCUGAACAGCUGUUGGAAGCUUUUCUACCACAUCUUCUACGCUUCUUUUCCGACGUGUUUGAUGAAGUUUGUUCCACUGUCCUCACCGCAAUGAACGAUGUUCUCGCCUUUCUUCGACGAACAAGUGCCAGUUCAGGCUCUGAUCAACGGGCAGCUAUGCUUCUUCCAAUACUCAAAGCCAUUUUCACUAAAAUGAGAUACGACGAUACUGCAGAUUGGAACCAGGAGGAUGAGCAGACUGAUGAGGCCGAAUUCCAAGACCUGCGGAAGAGACUGGCAUCUCUCCAAGCGACUAUUGCAGGUGCAGAUGAGCAGCUCUACGUCCAAGCCAUCUCGACAUUAGUCCAUGAGACGUUUCAAAGGCUAAGAACUGAAGGCUCCCAACUCGACUGGCGCGACCUGGAUCUGGCUCUCCACGAGCUUUACCUGUUAGGUGAUCUUGUCGGCAAAAGCGGAGGAAUCCAGAAGAGUAAACCCAAUUCUCCAGCGGCCGAAAAUUUGUUUCGGAUGAUGCUGGAGAUGGUUCAGUCAAAUGUUGGUUCCUUUGGCCAUCCAGCGAUUCAGCUUCAAUUCAUGGAAAUAUGUGUCAGGCACAGCACCUUCUUCGAGAAGCAGACCGAGUUUAUCCAACCAGUACUGCAGAACUUUCUUCAGCUUGCGCAUCAUCCAAGCUUGAAGGUUAAAGCUCGAGCUUGGUAUCUCACGCAGCGUUUGAUCCGCCAGUUACGCACCCACCUUGGAGAUGCCACCGAAAUGGUAGUCCAAAGCUUACAGGACAUUCUCGUCGUACGAGCGGAGAUUCCCAAAGAGUCAGAAGGGGACGAAAUGUCAUCGGACAAUGAGUCAAGUGCAGAUUCGACUUUCCAAAGCCAGCUUUACCUCUUCGAAGCCGUGGGAUGUAUAUGUGGUGCUACGUCAGCCGGACCCGACAAACAAGCACAGUACGUGCAAGUUGUCAUGCAACCAUUAUUCUCCGAGAUCGAACGCAAUCUCGAGGCUGCACGGGCCGGGAACGAACUCGCGAACCUUCAAAUACAUCACUCAAUCAUGGCGCUCGGCACGAUUGCUCGGGGCUAUUCCGAUUUCACCCCGGGUACCGCAGCACAACCCGCGGGUUCUGAGUCUGGUGCACAAGCCAAGCAAGCAUUCGCACAAGUUGCAGAAGCAACAUUGGUCACUCUAAGUUCACUCAAGUCAUCGUUUCAGAUCCGGACCGCUGCAAGGUUUGCCUUUUCACGACUGAUCGGCAUUGUGGGCGCGCAGAUGAUGCAACAGCUGCCUCAGUGGGUGGAAGGUCUAUUGACUGAAUCGUCAACGAGAGACGAGAUGGCAUUGUUCCUUCGAUUACUUGAUCAAGUGAUUUACAGCUUCAAGAAUGACAUUUCAGAUUUCCUCGACCGACUCUUUUCAGGGCUCCUGCAAAGAGUCUUCGCCGGAAUGUCUGCCGGUACUUCAGGAACAGAUGACGAAAUUGAGUUGGCUGAAUUGAAGCGGGAAUACCUCAACUUCUUGAUGAUCAUUCUUGGAAACGAUCUUGGAGCUAUCCUAGUCAGUGCGACCAAUCAACCAGUUUUCGAAUCUGUAAUCAGCUCAAUAGAACAACUUGCUCGGGAUGUUGAGGAUUUUCCCACGGCGAAAAUGGCGUUCAUCGUCCUGUCAAGGAUGUGCACCGUCUGGGGUGGACCCGACGUGGUAUCCGCAACCGGUCAGGCGACUGGCAACGGAGCCGCGCCUCAACCUGCACUUCCAGGCUUCGACCAGUUCAUGAUCAGCAGGUUCUCGCCAUUAUGCUGGGCCUUGCCGACGAACCCAGCUUUCAACAGUAAGGACGCCCAAGCUCGUCAAGCACUUUCUGAAGCGGCAGGUUUGCAAAAGACCAUCUAUCUGAAGACUGGCCAGCAAUAUCUUUCCUGGCUCCAGGAGAACGAGUUGCGAACUAUGGGCAUGAAUGACAGCAUGAUCGCGGAUUACCUGCAGAAACUGGCAACCAUGGAUCCCAAGGGCUUCAAAGCUUUUUUUGCCAAGUUCAUUGCACAGGGAGGACAGUUGUGA